UGGGGUAAGUUUAUUCUUUGAGCCCAUUUUGAAAAAUUCUGGUUGCUAAAGUUUGAGACUUGUUUUCUCGAGGAUUAUGGUUUUAUCCUUUUUGCAUUUGAUGAAGUUUUAUGGCUUAAUAUGCUUGUCUUGUUUGCUUAUUUCAUGUUUCACAGCAAAAAUAGCUAAUUAUGUCAUGAAAAGUGGUUGUAUAAAGUUUUCUUAGCAUUUUGAGAUUUUCUGAUUCUUUGUUAAAGUUUGAAACUUUUUGGUUUGUUGGGAUUCUGUUUUGACACCCUAUUGUAUUUGUUGAAGUCCUAUGUCUUACAUGAUAGUCAUAUGUUUAUUUUUAUGUUUGGUAGUGAUAUGACAGAAACUGGAGACUAUCCUGCUUGAGAUUUACCUAUGUAGGUGGUUUUCAUUUUUUGCUGACAUAUUUAGAUAAAGCUAUUGUUCCAACGACCAAACAAUUUGCAUUAUCCUGGUUUUGUGGUACUGGUUGUUGAUUUGUAUCCUGUAUCUAGAAUAUGGUUUUGUUCCAAGAUCAUGAAGCUUGAGAUGUUUUUACAAAAUUUUAAUCCUGUAUUUGAAGAUGCUUGGUUAAUCAUCAUGCUAUUUUGACCUUUCUGAUGGAUUGUGAUUUUAGUACAUUCAGCCUUCAUAAGUAACUUCCGUUAAAUUCAUUUUAUUUCUUGAUCAGGUUUUUAGUUCAAAUCCCAGACACUGCUUGAUCAGGUUUUUAGUUUUCUAGAUUGUUACCCUUCUCCCAAAAAAAGAAAAAGAAGGGAUGGGAACUGAAGAUAAAAGACUAUUUUGUUUCUGCCAUUGGGGCGGAAAGAGCAAAGUGCUUCCAGAUGGAUCCACUUCGUAUGUGGGAGGUAUUACCGAUCAGAUUAUUGUGAAGACAGGCAUAAAGUACAAUGAUUUUGUGAAUGCAGUUUUCGACCGAUUAGGGAUUGAUCCUUCAGAUAAAGUCUUGCAGUUUACACUGAAGUUUGAUAAGACUCAAUUGAUACGACUGAGAGACCAAGAAGGUGUCGAUACUUUGUUGCAAUUUAAUGACGGUUUUGCCCAUGUUUAUGCAUCAAGUUCGGAGAAGGAGCCUAAUUCUGCAGUUGCUCCUAAUAUGGCUACCACUAGGGUUUCAACCACUGAGGUCGAAGCAGUCUCUCUCGGAAGUGCUGAGGAAGAACAAGUGAGUGCCGAUACUCCAAUUCCUGCACCUUCACACCAAUGGAUCACUGAUGGAACUCCAGAUGCUGCUGCCAACUGGAGUGAAUUACUUGUUGGGGAAGGACAAGCUUUCGAGAACGCUGAUGCUUUUAGGAAGAACAAGUUUUUCAUUUUCAAGAUUGUUUCCCUUCUCACAAACAAAAAAGAAAGAAAGAAAGAGAGAGUUUGUUGCCCUUUUUGGCUUUGUGGUCAUGUACUAGUUCAUGAUGGGAACUGAAGAUAACACGUGUCUUUAUUAAUAGGGUAACGAACACUUCUGAAACAUGAAAAACUAUGAAAGAUAAAGGCUUAUAUUUGCAUCGCCAACAACUUAUUAGACUUGAAACCUGCAUUUCCAAAAAUGAAGAAUUAAGGAAGAGCUGAAUGAGAUAAUAAAUACUUGUAAAGAAAAUAUUCUGAAAGAUAAAAUGGAUAGAUUAUAAAACAUCUAUGACCCUUUUCAUAGAAAAAUAAAUCAAUGGUUUAUGUUUAGUCGUGGCUUCAAUAAUUCACCGAAAAAGAUUUAGGAAAAUGCUUUCUGGAGACUAAAGCAUAUGUUAGUUGAUAGUAUAACAAGAAAUGAUCAAAUGAAAUGCUAAUAGCUAAGUCAAACCAAAAAAAUCUACGUAGAGAUCAAGUUGAAUACCUGGUCACUCUAACUUUUCUGUGCUUUUGCGUUCACGUAAUUUUUCUGUGUUCCAAGUUGAAUACCUGGUCAAACCACGAUUAAGUGCUAACACUUUAAGUACAAACACAUUUCAUGCAUCUAUUGGCUUGGUAUAAUCAUCGGCCACGGAUAAGUUUUUCAGUUCUCUUUUGUUUUGUGAGACAGUGAAAAAUGUCUUUGACUGCUUAUU